CGUCUCGCUACGUGGUCCAUCACUUUUCUCCCAGCUGGGGAUUUUUUUUUUCCGCCACUCUUGCCUUUUCCCCCUUCCCUCCACCCGGUCUCCCUCCCCCGCCCCUCCCCAAACGCACACCCCUCCGCCCCUCUGUUGGCCCCCGCGCCCAGCCCUCCUCUCCGCUCUCGGCCAGAGGGAGCCAGUUUGAAGACGGCCGCACCUGGCCGGAGAGGUUGGGCGGGCGGAGGGGUGGGGAUCCGCGGGAACCGGGAAGCUGAACCCAGAGCUGGAUGCACCGCGAGGAGAAUGGAGUCUCCUAACAGCCUCCCGGGGCUGAUGUGAAAUCUGACCAUCUGAUUCCAGUUUUCCCUUCCCUUUCUUUUUUUUUUAUUUCCUCCCUUCGCCAUCGUGUAGUGAAUUUUAAAUCUUGCUCCGUUCCAAGAGAGGAUAUCAUGAUUGAAUGAAGCCGCCCAGUCCGCAGCAAGGAAAAGCACAAAGAGGAAAUUUCAGCGAUGGCAAAGUUGACAGAAUCCAUGACUAACGUCCUGGAGGGCGACUCCAUGGACCAGGAUGUGGAGAGUCCUGUGGCCAUUCAUCAGCCAAAGCUGCCUAAGCAGGCCAGGGACGACCUGCCAAGGCACAUCAGCCGAGACCGGACCAAAAGGAAAAUCCAAAGGUACGUGCGGAAAGAUGGGAAGUGCAACGUCCACCAUGGCAACGUGAGGGAGACCUACCGCUACCUGACCGACAUCUUCACCACCUUAGUAGACCUCAAGUGGAGGUUCAACCUGUUGAUUUUCGUCAUGGUCUACACAGUGACGUGGCUCUUCUUUGGGAUGAUCUGGUGGCUGAUCGCGUACAUCCGAGGAGAUAUGGACCACAUAGAGGACCCUUCGUGGACUCCAUGCGUCACCAACCUCAACGGGUUUGUCUCUGCUUUUUUAUUCUCAAUAGAGACAGAAACCACCAUCGGUUAUGGCUACCGGGUCAUCACAGACAAGUGCCCAGAGGGAAUAAUUCUCCUCUUAAUCCAAUCUGUGUUGGGAUCCAUUGUCAAUGCGUUCAUGGUGGGAUGCAUGUUUGUAAAAAUAUCACAACCCAAAAAGAGGGCAGAGACCCUGGUCUUUUCCACCCAUGCGGUGAUCUCCAUGCGGGAUGGGAAACUGUGCCUGAUGUUUCGAGUAGGGGAUCUGAGGAAUUCCCACAUUGUGGAGGCUUCCAUCAGAGCCAAGUUGAUCAAAUCCAAACAGACCUCGGAGGGGGAGUUCAUCCCCUUGAACCAGACGGAUAUCAACGUAGGGUAUUACACCGGUGAUGACCGUCUGUUUCUGGUGUCACCCCUCAUCAUCAGCCACGAAAUCAACCAACAGAGUCCUUUCUGGGAGAUCUCCAAAGCCCAGCUGCCCAAAGAGGAACUGGAAAUUGUUGUCAUCCUAGAAGGAAUGGUGGAAGCUACAGGGAUGACGUGCCAAGCUCGGAGCUCCUACAUCACCAGUGAGAUCCUGUGGGGGUACAGGUUCACACCUGUCUUGACGCUGGAGGACGGGUUCUACGAAGUCGACUACAACAGCUUCCAUGAGACCUAUGAGACCAGCACCCCGUCUCUCAGUGCCAAAGAGCUGGCCGAGUUAGCCAGCAGGGCCGAGCUGCCCCUGAGCUGGUCCGUCUCCAGCAAACUCAACCAACACGCAGAACUGGAGACCGAAGAGGAGGAAAAGAACCCCGAGGAGCAAACGGAGAGGAAUGGUGAUGUGGCAAACCUAGAGAACGAAUCCAAAGUUUAGUCCCCCAGCCGGGCAACCCCCUCCCCUCUCCUCACACCACCUUUCCCUGUCUCUCAUUCUCUUUCUUUUCUGUCUCUCCUACUUUGUUCUUUCUUUACGUUUAAGUUUGGCAUUACCAGAAAACAAAUCUUAAAGGUGUAAAAUAUCUACCUGCCCUCUCUCGGUUAUUCAGAUUGACAAGGUCAGUGCAGAUUGGGUGAAGGUGUCAUAUGCCCUCAUUUGUGGCCCAAGCCUGGUCUCCUCCCUGAAGUCGACACAUCCCACUCCUAGAAAUUUAAGCUACUUACCUGCAUGUGUUGUUCCAUACCAGAUCACUCAAAAGAGUGCAUCAAAGAUUCUACCUGGGGUAGGAUAAGGAUGGUCUCUGGUGCCUAUUUAUUCAUGUAGUGAGACAUGGAGUUGAGCCCUCAGUUUUAUCCAUCUCAAUAAAUUUCAUCUACAGGGCGAGGUGCUUGCCCCAUGUGGGCACUGCAGUUACAGGACCCAGGUGAAGUGAAGACAAAACACUGUACAUAUAUAUGCCUUAUGUAAUUAUUUUCUUUUGCAAUUAGUAAUAAAACCAAGCAUGUACAAAAGUACUGUAGAACACAACUUCUAAAUAAUGUACAUAGAUAUAUAAUUAAUAUAGGUUUAGAUAUAUAACUUAGAAAUAAGA